GGUCUGUGUUGUUGUUUUUGUGUGAGGGGGGAUGAGAUAGUGACAGUGAGAAUGAAGAAGAGACAUCAUUACUCACUCCUGUCACCUUGAGAGAUUCUCUGUGUCUCUCCCUCUCUCUUUCUUUCUCUCUUUCUCUCUUUCUUACUUUCCCGCGGUCUGUUUUCCAGAGUGGAUAUUGGAUGGAGGGAUGAGCAGCUGCUUAAAAGAGAGGUGAAGAAGAGAGGGACUGAGGAGAGGUGGAAAAUAGAGAAGGAGAGGAGUAGAGGAGAAUGGCAUACACACAGUUGGAACCCAUCAACGAGGGAGUGCUGGCCAGACUAACUGACUGUCUGUUGUGUCGGAAGUCCUGCCGCUCAUGUCUGUUGUGGUGCUGGGAGUGUAUCUACUGUCCUACCAGCGAUGAAGAGGUGGAAAUACUGGGACCCUUCCCUGCUCAGACCCCAUCCUGGCUUGUGGAUGAGUGUGUGGAUGAGGUCAUUAACCCUGCGGUCCAGCAGGCUGACGCCAUGCCAAUACCACAGGACACCAUUUCAAACCGGAGACGUUCCAGCUCUGAGAUGUCCCGUUCCACCUUCAGCCUCGUCCGACAACUUUCUAGUCUAGAUGCACGGAGGCCCAGUUCACCUUUGGUUGACCUAAAGCCUAUAGAGUUCUGGGCCAUGGGGCCCAGGAAAGAGGUGAUCCAGCCCCUGCGUCGACCCCAGACCCCACCAGACGACUACUUUAGGAAACUGGAGCCCCGCCUCUACCCGCUGGACUCGUCCAGGGAUGACGUCGACCUGCUGACAGACGAUGAGAUUCUGCUCCGUUACCAGCUCGGCAUGCUCCACUUCAGCACACAGUAUGACCUAAUCAACGGACACCUGGGUGUUCGGGUCAUCGAGGCUCGUGACCUGGCCCCUCCCCUGGCCUGUGACAGCUCUCGUCAGGACAUGGCCCACUCCAAUCCCUAUGUCAAGAUGAGCCUGCUACCGGACCACAAGAACUCCCGGCAGACCGGAGUAAAGAGGAAAACACAGAACCCAGUGUUUGAGGAGCGCUUCACCUUUGACCUUCCGUUCCUGGAGGCCCAGCGUCGCACCCUGCUGCUCUCUGUGGUCGACUUCGACAAGUUCUCACGUCACUGUGUCAUCGGCAAGGUAGCUCUGCGUCUGAAUGAGGUGGAUCUGGUGAAGGGGGGACACUGGUGGAAGGCUCUGGUUCCAAGUUCACAGAAUGAAGUGGAGCUAGGAGAGCUUCUGUUGUCUCUCAACUAUCUCCCCUCCGCUGGGAGACUCAACGUUGACAUCAUCAGAGCCAAACAGCUACUACAGACUGACAUGUGCCAGGGAUCAGAUCCGUUCGUGAAGGUCCAGCUGGUGACGGGGCUGAAGCUCGUCAAGACCAAGAAGACGUCAUGCAUGAAAGGAACCAUUGAUCCCUUCUACAACGAGUCGUUCAGUUUCAGGGUCCCCAACGAAGACCUCAACGAAGUCAGUCUCGUGUUCACAGUUUACGGCCACAACAUGAAGAGCAGCAAUGACUUUGUGGGCAGGAUCGUGAUUGGCCAGUUCUCCACGGGUCCCCCGGAGACCUCCCACUGGCGUCGCCUGCUGACCAGUCAGAGAACUCCAGUGGAACAGUGGCACAGUCUGCGCUCACGGGCCGAGUGCGACCGCGUCUCCCCUGCCUCACUGGAGGUCACAUGAUGGAGCGCCACUGAGGCCAGAGAUGAGGGGGAGAGAUUCUGCGGAGCACUAAAGGAGAAAGGAAAAGGGGUUAGAUGUCAAAGGUUAGGAGGGGAUGUGGAGGUCAGAUAUGGUGGAUAGUUAGGAAGAUGGACGUCCAAAGCCAUUUAUCAUGAAACAAACAAAGUAUUUUGUUUUGGUCUGUUUAACAUCGUCUUCUUCGUACACUGACUUCCAUUUAAACAGAAAAUAAAUGAGGGAUCUGGACACUUCCUGUUGCACACUGAGGGGAAAUGGAGUUAGAGGUGGAGGUCAAUGUUCAAGUUCUAGUUACUGUCUAAAAUAUGAAGAGGGGGGUCACUGCAGGGUCACUGCAGGGUCACUGCAGGCAGACAGGUUUUGAUUUAGUAACAAGGUGAGGACGGCGUUCUUGGGAUGAUCAAUCCUUAGACUCCCCAAGAUGGCUGCUCCUCUUCCACUUCAUAACUGACCUCCUACAUUUCUAACCUGCAUCCUAGCUUCCUACUUGAUCUAGCUUCCUAAAUUACCUCCUAGCUUCCUGAAUAACCUCCUAGCUUCCGGACUGCCCCCAGUUUCCUACUUGUCCUCCUAGUUUCCUACCUGACGUUCUUGCGUCCUUACUGACCUCCUAGCUUUCUACUAGACCUCAUAGCUUCCAUACGAACAUUGUAUCUUCCUAAUUCAACUCCUAGCUUCCUAACUGUCCUCCUAGCUUCCUAACUGUCCUCCUAGCUUCCUAACUGUCCUCCUAGCUUCCUAAGUGUCCUCCUAGCUUCCUACCUGUCCUCCUAGCUUCUUACCUGUCCUCCCAGCUUCUUACCUGUCCUCCCAGCCUCCAACCUGACAGGAGACGGGAUGUGUCCUAAAUGACACCCUAUUCCAUACAUGGGGCACUUUGGAUCAAAGCCCUGUGAGCCCCAGUAACACACAACAUAGUGAACAGAGUUCCAUUCAAACAGAAGAGAAGACAACCGUCCUCUAGUCAGUACUGACUUCAUAUCUGACUGAUCUAAAUAACUGACAGACUUUGACUGACUGUCUUACCAAAUAGCAAGUGUCCUGAUCCAGCUGUAUCGGGUUACCAGUUUUCCUGAUCCAGUUGUAUGUUUUUGGUGACCAGGUGUCCUGAUCCAGAUGUAUGUUUUUGGUGACCAGGUGUCCUGAUCCAGAUGUAUGUUUUUGGUGACCAGAUGUACUGAUUUAGCUGUUUUGGGUUACAGUUGUACUGGGUACUUGUGGAGCUAGCAUGUUUGUAAAGCCUUAAUGAAGGGCUGGUACAUUGUUCAACACAGUUGAGACAUCCUAUUCCCUAGACAGUAAAAUCAUCCUAUUCCCUAGACAGUGAAAUCAUCCUAUUCCCUUGACAGUGAAAUCAUCCUAUUCCCUUGACAGUGAAAUCAUCCUAUUCCCUAGACAGUGAAAUCAUCCUAUUCCCUUGACAGUGAAAUCAUCCUAUUCCCUUGACAGUGAAAUCAUCCUAUUCCCUAGACAGUGAAAUCAUCCUAUUCCCUAGACAGUGGAAUCAUCCUAUUCCCUAGACAGUGAAAUCAUCCUAUUCCCUAGACAGUGAAAUCAUCCUAUUACCUAGACAGUGAAAGCAUCCUUUUCCCUAGACAGUGAAAUCAUCCUAUUCCCUAGACAGUGAAAUCAUCCUAUUCCCUAGACAGUGAAAUCAUCCCAUUCCCUAGACAGUGAAAUCAUCCCAUUCCCUAGACAGUGAAAUCAUCCUAUUCCCUAGACAGUGAUACCAUUAUAUUCUCUAGACAGUGAAAUCAUUAUAUUCCCUAGACAGUGCAAAAAAAGAAUUAUGAAAAUAUCUAGCUACAUAUUGUUCUGUUCCACAUGUCGAAAAGCUGUGGGACAGUACUGUCAUUUGUUCUACAGGUGGAACCCAGUGCAUGUGUGGGGAGCAGCCAUUCUGACUAGUCAUUCACUGAUCACCUCAGUCUUGUUCUCUGAAGUGAUUAACCAACUGUUGCUGAUAAUCAGUUUAUUGAAGUAGUUAGAGGUGAAUUCAAAUUUUCCUUUUUUGGAAAUCAUAGAGUUGGAUAGAUAGCUCAUCUUUGCAUUUAAGCCACAGUGGCUUCUCUGGCAGAGGAAGAAUUUGAAAGUGGUCAAUUUCUUCUUAAGUCAGUAAACAAACUGAAAAGGUUGCUUACUGCCUCCUGGAGGUUGUCGUGUGAACAAGCACGGAGCCAACAUCGCUGGUUGCGGGCCACCUGCAGUUAAAGCACAUUUACUGAAGAAUGUUACUAAUUGGUCGAUAAUUUCUGUUAAACUGAAUAGAAUUGUUUUAUCGUUCCUUAACUCACAGUGUGUCAUGUCCAGUAGAAUACUUCAAAAGGGUGAUUGUCCUGAGCUCUGCGCCUGUUGAAAUGGCUUUGUGAUGGUAGAGCUGUCGAUCUACCUCGAUGGGGAAAAAUAUACAGCUGCCGUUUCUGUCAUGGUUCUAGUUUGAGUUGGAUAUACCCACCAAUAAAGCAUUGGCGUUUAACCAUCAUGCCAAAAAGCCUUUAGUGGAAAUUAGUGGGUCACUAACAUUAGAGGAUAAAAUGUGAAAUCUGCAAAAUAAAAUUACACAAUUUAGUUUAAGAGAUGGGUGAAAGAGACGUCGCAUUUCUUUUGGGUUGAGAAUAUUGCAAAUCCAUUUUAGUAAUUUAACAGUCUUAUCCAGGGCAUGUAGACGUUUCCAACUUGUCCUUUGUCGAAAGUGAGUCCACAACCUCUUGCAUUGUAAGCACCAACUGAGCUACACAGGACCUGGGUUUUUCGAUCGGUCACAGCCCCAUAAUGGCAAACGCUGUAACUACGGCAACAUUUACACAGCGAAAUCUGACCUCCAAGUAUUGAUUGUACGGACAGCAGAUUGUGGAACUCACUGCUUUGUCUUUCGGUACCUACAUGUUUUAGGUAAUUUCUUAGUUGAGCUGACAAUCUGCAGCGUUUUACUAUUAAUGCAAUACCUGGGAACAUGGCAACACUCCCUUCAAAGCCACUUGGUUGACUCUAUGGCCUUUCCAUUGAUUUCUGGCCUGUGUCUUCUGUUGGAUUCACCUCUGCAUGGUGCCCGACACACAGAUGUUCUGGUUUUCGAGAGAAAUGCUAUGAGAGAGCUUGUGACACUACACCACAUCUUAUGGACUUCUGAUCAAGAGGACCCUCAGACUUAACUUAAUUUACUUGAUAGGUUGAACAGUGCCGAACAGAAAGUUAAAUUUUUUUCUUGUCAGGACCCCAGACGGGAAACAUCGCUCAGGCUUUUCCCUUACGCCUGUUACAUUACAGUAUCGUUACGUGCCUAGUGGUUAAACUGUCUCUACCGUUCUCACAAUCACUCUGGGUUCUCUGGUCCUUUUGUAGUGCAUAGCAAUUUCUGUUGAUCUGCCGAGGUCCCGUAGGAGCCAUAGGUCCCAUAGUUCCCAUAGGUCCUGUGGGUUCCGUACUUUCCGAGGGACUCUGUUCCAAAGCUGGGCACUAUUCUGAAAUAGGGUGAAAUCUGGAAAAAAAUGUCAAUGAUUCUGUCCACUGUUGUGUCAAGCCUAGUUUAGCAAACCUUACAGUGAUUAUAUAACAGAUUGUGAGAAAAAGGUAUAAAUACUACAAUAGUGUGAAGAUAUUUAUUUAUUUUUUCUGUAAAUGUAUGCAUAGAAAUAUAUUAGAUAUUUAUAUUUAUCCCAGAAACAAAUGUAUGUGUAUAUAUUCAUGUCCUUUUCUGCCAUUAAGGAAAAGGAAAACUGAACAAAUUGAUGUUAACAUAGUUAGGUAAUGUAAAAAAGAAAAAGGGAUUGUGUGCUGUUUAAACUGGUUUUUAAACACCCUUUUUCUCAAAAGUUCCACAGCUUUAAUCUUGGACCAAAUAAGUGGUGAUUUAAUCAGCUGUCUGUCUUUCCUUCUCUAAAUCCACUGUACACCAUUGGUCAUGGCACCCAGAAGGAACUGAGGUGGUGGCUAGACUGAUUUUAAAUCAGGGUUGGAACCGUUUCAAGGAACCAAAACAAAAAUGUUGGUUGCCCUACACUUGUCCCUCCAUCCAGGAUGUGAACAACGAUCAGCUCGCUGACUCUUUCUAUAGGAAGCCGCUCUAUCAGCAGUGAUUGUGGUAAUAAAGAAUGAAAGAUGCAUGCUGUGUUUCCAGGGUUCCAGCAGUGUUCCCAUUGUGCCUCCAUCAAGGCAAAUUAGACAUUUCCCUAUAAUCAGAUCUUCUUUAGUCCUUAGCCCACUUUACCAGACGUCACAAAUAAACAAUCAAAAGAAAAUGCAAUAGGUUUUUAAUGUGUUUUUCAAAAUGUUCCAUGCUAUAAAAUCUCUUCUUCUCAGUAACAUCCAUUUCAUCCAGCCCACUUAAACAGAAGCAGUAUUUUCCGUCAAUUUAGCUAAGACAGUGUGGCUGCAAUGAGCCACUGAGAUUGUCCCGUCCAACAGUGUCCCCUCUAGGCCGAACAAAACCACACUUCAGAGUACUAGAGCGCAUACGCACUUCAGGGAUCCCCCAGCUUGGCUGAAGCAUUUUUCAUACAUGCUUCUUGUGGUUGGAGAGCUUGUUCAGAAAGAGGCUCUGCUCAAUACUAAAACAAUUGGAAAACAAUGUCAGUUUCCGAUCCCUGGUUUAAAAUGGAGGAUUGGCUCCUAUUGGAAAACGUGGGAUGCUCUCAGACGCAUUUAAACAGCAGGUUCCUAUGGGUUCUGAGCAAUCGCUCCAUUAUUACGAGCUGUCAUCCGUCGACGGCCCCCGGCAGACGUCCAGUCACAACAUGAACGCCAGGGUACCCAAUGACUCCGUUAUUAUGAGGUACACCAGAUUGGUUCUGUUCACAACUGGAGCACAACUUGGGCUACGAUCUGACACACGGGUUGUGUUGUGUUCUCUCAAGUGUUUCACCGUGUAUGACCGUCUCACCCCUCAACGUGUGCCAGUGAUUAACUGUAUCACUCUCAAUGUGUACCAGUGUUUAACCGUCUCACUCUCAGUGUGUACCAGUGUUUAACCGUCUCACUCUCAGUGUGUACCAGUGUUUAACUGUCUCACUCUCUGUGCGUACCAGUGUUUAACCGUCUCACUCUCUGUGCGUACCAGUGUUUAACCGUCUCACUCUCUGUGCGUACCAGUGUUUCAGUGAUCCGCGAUGUAGAACUGACAAUAGGCUGUCUCCGCUUAUUCCUGUAUCUGUGUGUUUUUAACUCAUCCGUCUCACGGUAAACUAGUAUUCCGGUGGUGAAGUCACUGUCAGGUUCCACUCUUCGUCCUUCCCAGGCCCACGGUGGUAAUUGGGAGCCGUGCUGACUUGUUAAGUAGCAGAGCUGAUCUAGGACCCGUUAUUCAUAUUAACAUAACAUUGACUGGGAGAUCGGACUCUAGAUCAGCACUGCUGAUCUGAGACAAUUUGUAGGUGUGGGUCCAGUUCUGGAGGGUGUUGUCCUGGCCUGGAGUUCUGAACUUGACCAGGACCAAUAUUCUUAAACAAUCUCUCAGGGUAGCGGGGCUGAUAAAGGAUUACUUUGCGCUUUUAGAUCGAAAUGAGCGACGCUAGAAUAACAUCCUAGAUCAGCACUCCUGCCCUGAGGCGCCUGUAACUUGGCACAGUACGGCACCUGCUCAUCGCCAUAUUAUGUUGUUGCUCUGUGUGACCCCAAGCAAUAAUUCCUGGGUCAAACCGUUUGACUUCUAAAGUCUGUCAUCGUUGUAACACCACCAUCGUGGGGGGCAAGUUCUGGCACAUGCCUGUGGUGAAAAUGUAGAUGUAGAAAAAACUGAAUGCUUGUUGACAAUGAGGAAAACACGCACAUGCGAGAGCGUGCAAUCUGUUUACUUACCUCUUAGACCUCAGACAGAUCUUUGUGAUGUUUUCAAAUCAAAGUUGUGUUGUUUCGUAUCAAGGCACCAAAUAAAGUCAGCGGUUGUACAACGAUGA